AACAGUAAACACGGACGUGGGUAACAAGUUAGCUUGAUAGCCCGGGUAAAGAAUAUUCGUUUCUAAGCUCACUCGUUAUUAGUUAAAUAACGUUAUUUCAAGUAAUAAACGGAAAUAAAACAACAACCGGGGCGGCGGGGACGGGCAGAUAAUGGGAAAGAGGGAGGGAGGACGUUCUAACGUUCUGAGUCCCGACUGUCCGCAGACGUUGGAGCUUUCUUCUCGGACCAGACGGAUAUAGCUAGCUAAACGACGACCGACGACCCGCUGUCGUCGUGCACAGAGAAAAUGGUGUACCUCAUCAAUCCUCUGGAGAAUCUGAAGACCUACAUCAGUAACCGUCCCCCGCUGGUCAUCUUUAUGGUCAGUGUCAGUACUGUGGCCAUCGCCUUCCUCACUAUUGGCUACUUUUUUAAGAUCAAGGAGAUCAAAUCCCCAGAGAUGACAGAGGACUGGAACACUUUCCUUCUGCGCUUCAAUGAGCUGGACUUCUGCAUCUCAGAGAAUGAGACUCUGAAGCACGGCCUCAACGAGUCCACCACCCCUGAGAGCACUGUGACCAGUGGCCAGGCCCGCAUCAGCACGCAAGCCCCUCCCCUGCUGGAAGACCCCGGGCCAAUCAACAUCUCUGUCCCCAUCACCCUCACCUUGGACCCCCUUCGGCCCUUUGGAGGCUACUCGCGCAACAUAACCCACCUGUAUGCCACAGUGCUGGGGCAGCAAGUCGGUCUGGCAGGCAUGGAAGCUCAUGAGGAGAUGAACAUCACCUUCACGCUGCCUUCAUCCUGGAACUCGGAUGACUGCGUCCUACAUGGCCACUGUGAGCAGGUGGUGUUCAGCACCUGUAUGACCAUCACUGCAGCCAGCAAUGUCUUCCCUGUCACAGUGCAGCCACCUCACUGUGUUCCGGAGACGUACACGAACGCCACGUCCUGGUACAAGAUCUUCACCACUGCCAGGGACUCGGACACCAAAUACACACAGGAAUACAAUCCCUUCUGGUGUUACAAAGGAGCCAUUGGGAAGGUGUACCACACACUCAACCCAAAGCUCACAGUCAUUGUACCCGAUGAUGAUCGCUCACUUAUAAACCUGCACCUCAUGCACACCAGCUACUUCCUGUUUGUGAUGGUAAUCACAAUGUUCUGCUAUGCAGUCAUCAAGGGGCGGCCAGGCAAAGUACGGCAAAACAGUGCUGAUUUCUGCCCGGAAAAGGUGGCCUUGUCAGAAGGAUAAGAAGUUGAAGACCAGUAAAUUAACUGAACCUUGAAUGCAAAGGAAAAACAAACUGAUUUUACUAGUUGCCUACUGAACCCAGAAAAGGGUGCUAAGCUCUGUGAAAUGCAUUUCUCUGCAAUGUUGGGUCACUCCAACCAAAGACAUUUUAAGUGCCUGUAUCUACUGUGUAAAUAUUUGUCGGAUUCUCUUAUUCAGUACAGAAGCAGUCAACCCGAGCCAUUGUGCCAUUCAUUUAGCAGCAGAGGACAUGCUAAGCAGAUAAAUGGGAAAUUGCACUUGAAUCCAGCAUCAUCCUGACUCCCCACACAUUGUUGCAUCCCCCAAUCUGGGAGGCUUGCACUCCUGUCUGCCUGAUGCCAUGUCUUGUGCAUUGUACAAAGCAGUGUUUUGGUUCUUUGAAGACAACUGCCUGAAAUGUCGCCGUCACGCUAGGCUCAGACUUCACCCCUCUCUAUCCCCUCUAUUGGCAUCAACCUUAUUUGUUGAGAUUUUCCCCCUUCCGUCCCUCUUUGUUGAAAGCGCUUUAAUGGCUUUCCUGCUAAUUAAAUGAAGAAAGGAAACCAGCUGGCUCAAGCAACCGUCAUGCAUGAGGCCUUCAGUCCGUGAAGGCAGAGCAGAGAUGUUAGCAGAGGAUGGCCAACUUGUCCCGUGAUGACUAAGAUAAACACAUGAAAUACCAAAAUCCAAUCCAGCCACACAAAUAUAUUGUAUUUCCUCUACUCCAACCCCACCCAUACAAAAACUGUUUAACUUGGAAAAUUACCACCCAAGAUGCAAACCCAUUCCCAUGCUCUGGUUUUCUUCACUUCUGUGUUCUUCCAAAUAAUAACUGUGCUGUGCAAAUUCAACCUUGUGUGAGGGAACUCUUGUUGCAUCCCAUGGGAAAUGAUCGUAAGGUCUGAACUGUAAAUCUUCCUUUGUGUGUGCAUGUGAGCUUGCUAAUGCCCGAUUGGCAGUUGAAUGCACAUUUCAUUGUGGGUUCAGCUGCUAGUUGAUACUGUUUUUACUCAUUAGAAGAAUUUUUCCCUUUUCAUGAUUGGUUUUGUGCUUGAUUCUGGUGAGAUGUACUUUGUGUGUGCAGUAUAAAGCAGUUCACUGGUGAUGAUUAAUCAAUUUUGAUUUUACCUCUUCUUUAUUAUUUUUUUACAGGUCUACUUAAUGAAUUGAAUGUAUUUUUAAGAUGCAGCAACAUUGACAGGCACUCGGUAGUGUAAACCUUUUUUUUUGUGUGUUUUUUUUUGUAAAACAUUUCCAAACAGCUUGAAAUGAGGUGUAAUAUUUUAAUCGAUUAUGCUCGAGAUGUUCUUUAAUUUUGGGAAGCUGUUGUCUCAAACUAUUUUUUUACGCUAUGAUGUACCGUAUUGCAAAACGUCAUGAAAUUGUCAUGGUAUUUCCUUCACAAACUAAGUCACCUUUUUUCACUGCUUUGUUUUUCUCCAACCAUUUUCUUGUAAGAUUCAGAAUAAUGGUACAAUUAAUUGCAUUCAGUGUCAUAAAACAAAUACUAUUCAAAAUAUUCAUUUAAAAGCAGGAGAUGCAAGUUCCUGCAUGCAGAUUUACAGCUAUGAAAUUUUGUGUAACUGAAAUGUCAUAGUAACAUUAGUGGCACAUGGCUAAAACUGCAGUAUUUUGUAGAAAUGGUCCUUGAAAUGGCUUUUAAUUUUGAUGGCUCACCAUCUCAUUUGUUUUAUAUCACCAUGGUUAAAUAGCUUCUCUAUCCAUAUCAAUUUUUGUAUCCACGCCAAUACAUCAGAGUUGUUUAAUUGGGGAGUCAUUGAUGGGACGUUGUUUUCAUAAUCAAAUCUUUUUUUGAGGAUGAACACAUUUAGAAAUAAAAAAGCUGUAGUUGGAAAAAAAGGAUACGAGUGGUGUCAAGUGUUCAUAAUGUGAAUGUAGAGGCAUCUACACAGUUUUGAGAUGUGACGGCCAUUGGUUGCUUUUGAAGAGCACCUUCAAACCAUUGGCCUUUAGGUUUUGUUAUUGCUUUUUUCCUUUCGGUUUCAUGAAAUUAAAAGUAAUGAGUCAUAUUACAGGUUGCCUUAUUACAUACUGUUAACUAUUUAUGUAAUUGCUUAAGUCUAUCUGUUUGACAUAUAGAGUACUGUGUAAAAGUUUUAGGCAGGUGUGAAAGAAUGCUGUAAAGUAAGAAUGCUUUCAAAAAUAGAAAUGUUAAUAAUUUUUUAUCAAUUAACAAAAUGCUAAGUGAGUGAACAGAAAAAUCUAAAUCAAAUCAAUAUUUGGUGUGACCACCCUUUGCCUUCAAACCAGCAUCAAUUCUUCUAGGUACACUUGCACAAAGUCAGGGAUUUUGUAGGCAUAUAGUCAGGUGUGUGAUUAAUUAUACCACACAGGAGCUAAUGAUCAUAAAUGUAAUAUGUAGGUUGAAACACAAUCAUUAACUCUGCUUCCAAGGUGAGGUUGCUGAAGACAAUUUAAUUUCAGAAGUCAUACACCAGGGCAAAACUGAGCACAGCAACAAGACACAAGGUAGUUAUACUGCAUCAGCAAGGUCUCCCAGGCAGAAAUUUCAAGGCAGACAGGGGUUUCCUGAUGUGCUGUCCAAGCUGUGUUGAAGAAGCACAGAGAAACAGGCAACGCUGAGGACCGUAGAUGCAGUGGUUGGCCAAGGAAACUUCCAGCAAAUUUUCAGCAGAUGAGACGCAUCAUGCUUACUUCCCUUCGCAAUCAGAAGAUGUCCAGCAGUGCCAUCAGCUCAGAAUUGGCAGAAACUUCAUGGAAGAAUUGCGGCCAAAAAGCUAUACCUCCGACGUGGAAACAAGGCCAAACAACUCAACUAUGCAUGAAAACACAGGAACUAGGGUGCAGAAUAAUGGCAGCAGGUUCUCUGGACUGAUAAGUCAAAAUGUGAAAUAUUUGGCUGUAGCAGAAGGCAGUUUGUUUGCCGAAGGGCUAGAGAGCGGAACAAGAAUGAGUGUCUGCAGGCAACAGUGAAGCAAGGUGGAGGUUCCUUGAAAAGUUUGGGGCUGCAUUUCUGCAAAUGGAGUUAGGGAUUUGGUCAGAAUUAAUGGUCUCCUCAAUGCUGAGAAGUACAGGCAGAUACCUAUCCAUCAUACCAUCAGGGAGGUAUCUGAUUGGCCUCAAAUUUAUUCUGCAGCAGGACAACGACCCCAAACAUACAGCCAAUGUCAUGUUUUGAAGGCAAAGGGUCGUCACACCAAAUAUUGAAUUUUGAUUUUUCCUUUGUUCAUUCACUUCUUCUGUAAAAAAUAAACUAUUAACAUUUCUAUUUUUGAAAGCCUUUUCAUCACAUCUGCCUAAAAGUUUUGCACAGUACUGUAUAUCGUGAAACCAAUUGUUAUAGUGGGUUUUAUUUUAGGUGGGCCAGAAAUGAGGGUCCACUUGUUGUCUGCAGCUUGCGUGUACUAGAGCUGGGCAGCCUCUUCCCAUACAGCACGUCAGCCUUGUCAUUCAAAAUCAUAAAUGUCAGCUGUCAUUACAUGUCAGUUAUUGUUCCCUGGGGUUUUUGUAUGUACCCUUUAAUGUAUCGGCUGUAUUGCAGAUAAUUUGGUCAGGUGGUCACCCUUUUUUUCUCCCACUUGACAACAGUACCUUCCUACGAACAGUAAAAAUUGCAGCUGGUACAUGCAAUUUUCAGUUAUAACUUAGGUCUUAAUGAAGCCUAUCCCUCAACACCAUUGUGGAUAGUUAAAGUAUACACAGGCCUUUUGAUUCUGAAUAACUUGAGCAUUGAAAGCUGGAACCUUGAGAUGAGGAAGCUCAUGUGUAUGCACCUGUGGUUGCUGAAGUUUUAGUACUGGACAGUUAAUUCAGUUUUUCCUCAUGACAUAGUGACUUGUGAUCAGAGUACCAACUGUUUGCAACCUUGUACCCUUCAUUUCUUGAUGCCCAUCACUUCUGUGCCUUCUGCAAUGACCACCUAUCUCAUCUCUCUAAAUUCUGUAGUUAGGAAUGUGAUGGAGAAGGCCAUUUAGUGACAAAAUUAUUUUUUAUGUAAAAUGGUUGUCAAAGUAAACAAGCUCUACCUUGUUUUUUGAAGUAUUUGUCCAGCUUCAGUUUUACUUUUAUUUCCCUUAAGAGAAAUGUCUUACUCUAACUAACAUUAAGACUCCAGCAUUGUUGGAAUGCUAGCUUUGCUCAGUGAAUCUUGUUAAUCAUUUAUCUCUGUUGUUGAUGUUGGACACACCAGAUAUCAGCAUUUAAAACAACAACAAUGCCUUUGUCCGGGUGGCUAUUUUGCCAGUCGCUGCUGUGCAACACCUGACUCAUGUCUUUGUGUAGUUUUAUAGUGAUGUGGGAGAAGCUGUCGCAAAGAUGUACAUUAAUAGCUUUUUGUACUUUGGGCACUUGUCGGUAUGUAGGUAGAUGCAUAUUUGCCACUUUCAGCUGACCAAAAAACAUCAAGACUGCAUAUAUCGUCACAUGGUUACAUUUUUUACAUUGAAAAUCAAUAAAUCUGCAUUUUCCUUCUAAAAA